AUGAAGUGCCAGACCUGUCACCUACCACUGCAACUAGACCCAUCUUUAGAAGGUCUAAGUUUAACCCAACGAAAUUUACUGUUAUCAAAUAAGUCAAUUACCACCGCAACAAAUGAAAAUAUCACUUCCAACAAAGACCCUGAAGAUACUAGCACUUGUGCACUCCAGGUGCCGAAGGAAAGACUAAAGCGUCUAGGGGAGAUUCAAAAUAUAAGAGAUUUGAAUUUAGUAGAUGACAAACUGACUACUGAUUCGUUUGUUUUUCUAAACCAUGAUGACAGUGAUGAUGCUAGCCUGGCACGCAAUAGCAGGAAUGAUCAAGGUUAUGGUAAGGAGAAUGGCGAUAGCAACAGCAAAGUUAGUAGUGAUACUUCUGAUCGAAACAGCACCUUUCGAGAUCACGAGGAAGAGGAACAAGAAAUCAUAGAGGAGCACGAAAACCAAGAGAUACAAUUGAAUCCUAAGACCCUGUCCACCCAAGUUAACGCAAUGACCAAUAUAUUCAACAUUCUUUCAUCUCAAACAAAUAUAGACUAUCCAAUUUGUCAGGAUUGUUGUAAUCUCUUGAUAAACAGGCUUAAAAGUGAGUAUGAUGAUGCGAUUAAAGAAAGGGAUACUUAUGCUCAAUUCCUGUCCAAAUUAGAAAGCCAAAAUAAGGAAGUAUCAGAAGAUGUUAAUCCGAGGCAGUAUUCUAGCAAUCUACAAGAAAAUGAGAGCUUAAAAAAAGAGGAGGGAAGACUUUUAGAGCAAUUAUUGCAUUUGGAAAUGACAGAUAAUGAUUUAGAAAAUGAACUAAAUCGUUUACAGCAACGAAAAGUUCAACUGGAAAAUGAGAAGCUUAAAAAAUUGAGUGAUCUGAAUUUAACAGAUCUGAAUAACAUACAGUUCAAUAAAAACUUACAAUCAUUAAAGUUGCAAUACGAAUUGUCCUUAAACCAAUUAGAUAAAUUGAGGAAGAUUAACAUUUUCAACGCUACUUUCAAAAUCUCACACAGCGGUCCCUUUGCCACUAUAAACGGAUUGAGGUUGGGUAGCAUACCAGAAACAGUAGUACCUUGGAAGGAAAUCAAUGCAGCACUGGGUCAAUUAAUUCUUUUGCUAGCUACCAUAAAUAAGAAUUUGAGGAUAAACUUGGAAGACUAUAAAUUACAGCCAAUGGGCUCAUUUUCUAAAAUAAAAAAAAGAGUAGUUAGCAGCCUUGAGAACACUAAUUCUACUACGAAUACACCUGAUGAUUGGUUGAUUCUACCUGUUUACAAUGAUGAGAGUUUUAGUUUGGGAAAGAUUUUCCACAAGGAGACCAAGUUUGAUAAAUCAUUAGAAACAACACUAGAAAUAAUAAUACAAAUUACUCAACAACUUUCUACAAUAGCGUCGGCGUCAUCGUCACGAAUACUCGCAGCGAAUGAGGAUGAAUCUUCAAUGAAUAAUAACGAUGACACCGAAAAUUAUACUUCCGACCUUGAACUACCAUACAUCAUGAAUAAAGAUAAGAUCAAUGGAUUAUCCGUUAAGUUGCAUGGUAGUAGUCCAAACCUUGAAUGGACAACGGCUAUGAAGUUUUUAUUAACAAAUGUUAAGUGGCUUUUGGCGUUUUCUUCUAACUUAUUGUCCAAGUCCAUCACUCUAUGCCGUGCAAACAAUGAUAAUGAUAAGAAUGUCAUUAAUAACUAA